GAUGACAUGCUCUGCCAGUCUGUUUGUAUGCGACGCCCGAUCUUUCAUUCUUUGGUGUGCGCGCUUUUGAGAAAAGUAUCCUUUGUGUAAAAACUGUUGCUGAUUAAUAUAAGUGAUUGCUUCACUUUGCAAUUAUGUCGAAGCAUAAAGUUUCGCUAGAAUGGAAGAAACGUGUGAAAACGGAAUACAUGAGAAUCCGGCAAAGCAAGCGUCAUAAAAAGGUGGACGAUGUACGUUCAGCUUGGAAUCGGAACAGGCAAGCAUUGCUGGACAUGCUCGUUGCGGAAAACGACACAUGGCUGUCAACGAAUGCUACAUGGGUCCAAUGCGAAGUGGAGCAGCUGCCCCAUGUCCAUUGCAUGAAGAAAGCGGAGGUGAUUGACCAAGAAGGUAAUCAUCAAAAUGUACCGAUCCGCGUUGUCAAUGCAGUAACGACGAUUCCAACCAUGUACACAUGGGCUCCGACGCAACAGAAUUUUAUGGUAGAAGACGAGACUGUCCUGCACAACAUACCGUACAUGGGCGAUGAAGUGCUCGAUAAAGAUGGAUCAUUCAUUGAAGAAUUGAUUAAAAAUUACGACGGGAAGGUGCACGGCGAUAAAGAGGACAGCAUUGAUGACGCCAUGUUUGUUGAAUUGGUACACACGCUGAUGCAGUACACAAACAAACCAACCAAUGCAGACGAACUUCCCUCCAAUUCUAAAGCCGCUACGGUUGAAAAGAUUCCAGUUGUUAUCGUUGAGCAAGCCGCUGUUCCAAAAGUCCAAGCAACGAGGAAAGGGGUAAAAGAGAAAGAACACGAGGAAAAGUUGGACGACGCGGAUGUUAAACCGAACGUGCAAACAAUAUCGUCGAAUUUGAACGAGUUGGCGAGAAAGCAGGGUGCACCAAGCGUGCGAGCGUUUCCACCGGCUAUUAUAUUUCAGGCUAUCAGUUCCCAAUUUCCGGAAAACGGCACAGGAGAAGAGCUGAGAGAAAAGUACUUCGAACUAACGGAGCGCGUUGAUCCGGAACGGCCACCCGAAUGCACUCCGAAUAUCGAUGGACCACGGGCGGAAUCGGUGUCGCGAGAGCAAACGCUUCAUUCUUACCACACACUUUUCUGUAGACGGUGCUUCAAGUAUGACUGUUUCUUACACCGUGAGUAUGCAAGUCUGCAAGCCUGUCAUCCUGGGCCAAACCUUCAGCGACGCAGGUGGCCGGAACUGAAGCCCCCGGGAAAACCAUGCAGUGACACGUGUUAUUUGCUGUUGGAUGGCAUCAAGGAGCAGAUAUGUUUGGACAACACAAGCAAAUCCCCUGCGAUGUUGGACUCGGGAAAUGAGGCAUGCUCGGAAGAUAGCAACGAUAGCAGCCACUACAGCAAGGAUGCAACGUUCGCAAAAUCUGGCAAAAGUGGCAGCAAUUUGUUCGAGAUAUUCGACGCUAAAGACACCGAAUGGAAUGGUUCGGAUAAAUCAUUCUUCCGUGCGUUGCAAAAAACCUAUCUCAACAACUACUGCGCCAUUGCCGAGGCAAUGCUGGCCAAAACUUGUACGCAGGUGUAUCAAUUUGCGCAGCAGGAAGCGGCCGCCUUUCCACCGAUUGAGCUAAACAAGGACAGCACCCCGCCGCGGAAGAAGAAGAAGAAGCAUCGCCUGUGGUCGGUCCACUGUCGUAAGAUUCAGUUGCGCAAAGAGUCCAGCUCGAACCAUGUUUACAACUAUUCGCCCUGCGACCAUCCGGGGCAAUGUGACGCAAACUGUCCGUGCUACAGUGCACAGAACUUUUGCGAAAAGUUUUGCAACUGUAGCAGUGACUGCCAAAACAGGUUCCCUGGAUGCCGGUGCAAGGCCCAGUGUAAUACGAAGCAGUGUCCCUGCUAUUUGGCCGUGCGUGAAUGCGACCCGGACCUUUGCCAGACGUGUGGAGCGGAACACUACGAAAUUGGCAAAAUUACCUGCAAGAACGUCAGCGUCCAGAGAGCUUUGCAUAAACACCUGUUAAUGGCACCAUCGGAUGUGGCUGGAUGGGGAAUUUUCCUUAAGGAAAGUGCACAGAAAAAUGAAUUUAUUUCGGAGUACUGUGGAGAAAUCAUAUCGCAGGAUGAGGCGGAUCGCCGUGGCAAGGUGUACGAUAAGUACAUGUGCAGCUUUCUUUUUAAUCUGAACAACGAUUUUGUUGUGGAUGCCACCAGAAAGGGGAACAAGAUACGUUUUGCCAACCACUCCAUCAAUCCAAACUGCUACGCCAAGGUGAUGAUGGUAAACGGUGACCAUCGUAUCGGCAUCUUUGCAAAACGUGCCAUACAACCGGGAGAGGAACUAUUCUUCGAUUACCGUUACGGUCCAACGGAGCAGCUGAAGUUUGUUGGGAUUGAGCGAGAAAUGGAAUUCCUUUAGAUGCUCAGUACAUAAUUUUGCUUUUUUUAAAACUCUGACGAAGAGUAUUCCGUGUCGAGUGGGGUGUUUGGAGUGUUCGUGGUUCACAAUAAGAAACACUGAUUGUCAGGUUGCGUUGAUAGAUUUUCUUUGCGAUGUGCUUUGCAUUGCUAGACAAAAAUGGUAAUUCUAAAAAUGUAAAGCAGGCAUACUAACCUAAGCCUUGCGAUUUUAAUAGUCUUAUUAUCAGUCCUACAUUUAUUUUCAAAUUUACAAUAAUGAUAUUUUUUCCAUUUUUGUCCUAGCAGAGUAACUAUUUCAGUUGGCUACAUAAUGGCUACUAGCAGGAGGAUUUUGCUUCAACUUGCUACAUUGAAAUAAGUUGUGUUUUUCGGUUUUCAAUUAAGUCAUUCUGCUCCCAACAGUCCCAAUUUGACAAUAAAUUUUAGUCUUUUCCUUACUGUUUCCACUAACAGAACUCAAAUGCUCUAAGUCACAUUUUUCAUGCACGUUCUGCACGUACUUUCUAUAGGAACGAAUGAUUGGUUUUGGUUUGGUUUUUUUUUUAACUUGUUUUCUUCCUUGGCUCUACAACCACAAGAGACAAGUCAAUUAGGCCUUAACCUCCAGAUAGCCUUACCGGAAUAAUAUUUUUACUUUUUGUCGAAUAGAACGGUCGUAUUGCUGGAUUUGUUUUAUUCCAUGUAACAAUUGAAAACUCGAUACAAUA